UCCUGUGAUUGGUCACCACUGAGAAGGCCCUCAGUGCUGGCGAGAGUGGUUGGCUGCCCGCGGAAGCGGCCAGAGCCAGAACCUUAGCUUGGGGCGGGGCUUCUGUUUGAGGCGGGACCAACUACGGCUGGUCCUACGUGGGCACACGGCGAGCGUGGGAACCUAGGAUCGGGGUGGAAGCCCUUUUGAGAGGCUGUCUGGAGCUAGACUCGGGAGCCUGCGACUGGGCACUGGUGGAAGGAUGAGUCAGCGGUACACAAGGCCUCAAUGGAGUCUUUGGGCUCCUACAGAGCUUGCGGAGCCUCCUGUAGUCUCUGAGGAACAGCAGCAGCUCGACCUUCUCUCCACUCUGGAUCUGAGACAGGAGAUUCCUCCCCCGCGGGUGUCCAAGAGUUUCCUGAGCCUCCUCUUCCAGGUGCUGAGCGUGUUGUUAUCCCUGGUAGGAGGCGCGCUGGAGCUGGGUCUAGGACCCCUGGGGUCGGGGAUGGGGGUUGGCCAAGGGCCUCGGGCCUCAGCCUCCCGGCGGUUCCUCAGGGAGGUCUGCUCCAUCCGCUUCCUGUUCACGGCGGUGUCGCUGCUGGGCAUCUUUCUGGCAGCACUCUGGUGGGGACUCCUGUAUCUGGUCCCUCCUUUGGAGAAUGAACCUAAGGAGAUGCUGACGCUAAGCGAGUACCAUGAGCGCGUGCGCUCCCAGGGUCAACAGCUGCAGCAGCUCCAGGCGGAGCUGCACAAGCUGCACAAGGAGAUGUCCAGCGUUCGCGCAGCCCACAGCGAGAGAGUGGCCAAGCUGGUGUUCCAGAGGCUAAAUGAGGACUUCGUGCGGAAACCUGACUAUGCGCUGAGCUCAGUGGGAGCCUCCAUAGACUUAGAGAAGACAUCCGAGGACUACGAGGACACGAACACUGCCUACUUCUGGAAUCGCUUCAGUUUCUGGAACUAUGCACGGCCACCCUCAGUCAUCCUGGAGCCAGAUGUGUUCCCUGGAAAUUGCUGGGCUUUUGAGGGUGACCAGGGCCAGGUAGUGAUCCGGCUGCCAGGACAUGUGCAGCUGAGCGACAUCACCUUGCAGCAUCCGCCAAUCAGCGUGGCACACACUGGGGGAGCCAACAGCGCUCCCCGUGACUUCUCAGUCUUUGGCCUCCAGGUUGAUGACGAAACUGAAGUUUUCUUGGGGAAAUUCACCUUUGAUGUGCAGAAAUCUGAGAUUCAGACUUUCCAUCUACAGAAUGACCCUCCAUCUGCCUUCCCUAAGGUGAAGAUCCAGAUUCUAAGCAACUGGGGCCACCCACGUUUCACAUGCUUGUAUCGAGUCCGUGCCCAUGGUGUGCGGACCUCAGAGGGAAUGGGGGAAAGUGUCUCAGGGGCCACUGGGGGGCUCCAUUAAACAUAC